UAUCUACCUUAUUAAUUCAUUGCUUUCGUGCUUCUUCUUUAUCUGUAAAACCUCGCAUCCCGUAUUCUCAGUUUCAGAGGGAGAAAGGCUGAGUUCCAUUUUGUUCUUGUUGCUAAAUUUUAAGUAUCUUCACUUGGAAAGACACUUAAUGCUGGAAGUGCAUGCUUGUAUAGCUACCCGGAGGCUGAGACGCGAAUAGCUUAUCCACGCAGAGUUUUUGUUAUGAAUAUCUUACAUUCAAUUUCCUCUUUCGUCCCAGUUAGACCGCCUUCACUUGUGUCACAACCAUGUUUUAAUUCCCUGCCUCUGUUUAGUUUUAGUCUUAUUCCUAAUAUACAUGUGUGCCCUUCUCAUUUGGUCAAAUUCCCACCCAAUCGGACAUGCACACGUCGGUUUCCCAUUAUUGCUGCAAAUCAAGAGGCAGUGUCCGAAGUUGAGUUUGAGGAAUUUUUGGAGAAGGAUUGGUCAUUUCUUGAAUUUGAUGAUACAGAUACUGAUGGAGAGCAUAUGCAGAAAAUUGAUCGCAUCAUUUCUGCAGGAAACAUCAAAGAAACAUCAAAGGUUCUUGUUUCUGUUGGUUCUGAAGCAUUUGUAGAUAGGAUCGUUUGUUCUUCCCCUUGUGAGCAGUUACUCGUUGUCCAUGACUCUCUUUUAAUUCUAGCACUCAUCAAAGAAAGAUAUGAUAAAGUCAAAUGUUGGCAAGGGGAAUUAAUAGAUGUGCCUGAGAAAUGGACGGCUUUUGAUGUAGUAUAUCUGUAUUUCCUCCCUGCUUUGUCCUCUGAACUCGAUCAGGUUCUUGCAGCUCUCGCUAAGCGCUGCUUGCCAGGAGCAACAGUAGUGAUCAGUCAUCCCCAUGGAAGGGAUGCUGUUGAAGAGCAGAAACAACAAUAUCCAGGUGUAGUGGUUUCCAAUUUGCCAGAGAAAAUGACUCUGCAGAGCACUAUGGCUAACCAUUCUUUCCAACUGCUGGAGUUCGUGGACGAACCUGGCAUCUACCUUGCUGUUAUGAGAUUCAAUCAGGAGUAGGAUGACAAAAGGAUCAAUACAUUUCUUGCAGUUGAAGAUGUGUUAAGUGUAAUCCAUUUCGUCUUCAAUAUCGCAAAUGGUGUUAUCCAAUUCAGCUCACUGAUUUUGUUUAAAUGUGCCAUUACAAGAUUUAUGGGUUUUCAGUCACAGUGCAAGCCUAAUGGGACUAAUGCUAGAAAAAGUAGUUAGCUUCUCUCAAAUUUAUGGACUUGGAUAACUCAAGUGUAAGGUGAAAUUUUUUCAUUUUCUUCACAA